AUGGGUUUUGCCCAAUUGGUCUACGAAGAGGGCAUUGCCGUGUGCGCCACGCAGCGCCACGUCACGGUCAGCCCUGUGAAAUCGCGUGUCUCGUCGGUCGCACAAGACAACUUCAUGGUUGUGACCGCGCGACACAUGCUUCGCACGACUUCACGAGUUGCACCAGUAGACUCGCUUCUCGAUUCUUUCGAGAGGAUUGAAGCAACUCGCCAUGAAGAGGAGAUGGCCACUUUUUUUGAGCAAUACUCGCAUGACUUCAUUUUGCAUUGA